AUGCUCCAGGCAUUCAGACAUUCAGGAGGUAGGCAUGGGCACCAUCUGUUCAGGUGGCGGCAUUAUCACAAAUCUGUACUGGCCAUCAGGAGGGAGGAUGUUAAUGCCUGGGAAAGAAGAGCACCUCUGGCUCCACGGCACGUCAAAGCCUUAGCCAGCCUGGGAUACAAAGUUCUGGUACAGCCAUCUAACCGAAGGGCCAUCCACGAGAAGGAGUAUAUUAAAGCUGGUGGCAUUAUACAGGAAGAUAUUUCAGAGGCCUGUCUGAUUGUAGGUGUGAAAAGACCUCCGGAGGAUAAACUAAUCCCCAGGAAGACAUAUGCAUUCUUCUCUCAUACUAUUAAAGCCCAAGAGGCAAACAUGUCCUUGUUGGAUGAGAUUCUAAGAAAGGACAUUCGAUUGAUAGAUUAUGAGAAAAUGGUAGAUCACAAAGGAGUGCGAGUCGUAGCCUUUGGAAAGUGGGCUGGUGUUGCAGGCAUGAUCAACAUUUUACAUGGAAUGGGAUUACGGUUUCUUGCUCUGGGACACCAUACUCCUUUCAUGCACAUUGGAAUGGCCCAUAACUACAGAAACAGCAGCCAGGCUGUGCAAGCAGUUCGGGACUGUGGCUAUGAAAUUUCGUUGGGCUUGAUACCAAAAUCUGUUGGCCCCAUAACAUUUGUGUUUACAGGUACUGGCAACGUCUCUAAGGGUGCUCAAGAAAUGUUCAAUGCACUCCCUUGUGAGUUUGUAGAGCCGCAUGAGCUGAAGGAGGUCUCCAGAACUGGAGACAUCCGAAAAGUGUAUGGGACUGUGCUCAGUCGACACCAUCACCUUGUAAGGAAGAGCGAUGGGGUGUAUGACCCUGUGGAAUAUGACAAGCAUCCAGAGCUCUACACAUCUAAUUUUAACACUGAUAUUGCACCCUAUGCCACUUGUGUAAUCAAUGGGAUUUACUGGGAUCAGCGUACCCCACGUUUGCUAAGCAGGCAGGAUGCAGAGAGACUUCUGACGCCUCUCAGACCUUCUGCUUCAGCUACUGAAGGCUGCCCGAAAUUACCACACAAGCUUGUUGCAAUUUGUGACAUUUCGGCAGACACUGGUGGAUCUAUAGAAUUCAUGACGGAAUGUACCACGAUCGAAAGGCCCUUUUGCAUGUAUGAUGCCGACCAGCACAUUAUUCAUGACAGUGUGGAAGGGCUUGGGAUUUUGAUGUGUUCCAUUGAUAAUUUGCCAGCUCAGCUUCCCAUAGAAUCGACAGAAUGUUUUGGAGACAUGCUUUCCCCUUAUAUUGAAGAAAUGCUGUUAUCAGAUGCCUCCGAGCCCUUCGAGAGCCAGAAUUACUCACCUGUCGUUAGAGAUGCAGUGAUUACGUCCAAUGGUUCAUUGACUGAUAAGUAUAAGUAUAUCCAGAAACUGAGGGAGAGCAGGGAGUAUACUCAGUCAUUGGCCAUAGGUAGGAAGAAGCAAGUCUUGUUACUGGGAUCUGGGUAUGUCUCUGGACCUGUGAUAGAAUACCUCUCAAGAGACCCCAACAUUGGAAUAACAGCAGCCUCCGUCAUGAAGGACCAACUUGAGCAACUGGCCAAGAAACACAGCAGUACAGUUCCUGUGGUUAUGGAUGUCACCAAAGAUGAGGAAAGAUUAUCAUCCAUGGUGAAGAAACAUGAUCUUGUGAUCAGUUUGCUACCUUAUUCAUUCCAUCCUUUGGUUGCUAAGAAAUGUAUUGACAGCAAAGUGAACUUGGUGACUGCUAGUUACCUGACACCAGCUAUGAAAGAGCUGCAGAAGAGUGUAGAGGCUGCUGGCAUCAUGGUUAUCAGUGAAGUAGGUUUGGAUCCUGGUCUUGAUCAUAUGCUGGCAAUGGAGUGUAUUGAUAAAGCGAAAGAAAUAGGUGCUACGGUGGAAUCUUACAUAUCUUUCUGUGGUGGCCUACCUGCUCCCGAGCAUUCUGAUAAUCCCCUGAGAUACAAAUUCAGUUGGAGUCCACAGGGGGUUCUGCUGAACACUGUUCAACCUGCCACAUAUUUAAAAAAUGGAGAGAUUGUUAAUAUUCCAGCUGGAGGAGCUUUGCUUGAUUCUGUUACUGCCAUGGAUUUUUUCCCAGGAUUAAAUUUGGAAGGUUUUCCAAACAGGGAUAGUACAAAAUAUGCUGAACCCUAUGGUAUUCAAUCAGCCCACACACUUUUAAGAGGGACUUUACGGUACAGGGGUUAUUCUAAAGCUGUAGGAAGCUUUGUAAAAUUGGGACUAAUAAAUGCAGAGCCAUGCCCUCUGCUGAGCAUAUCGGCACCUUCUAUAAAAUGGCAAGAACUGAUGUGCAAGCUUCUGGGGCUUAAGCCAUCUGUCAAAUUGGAUGAUCUCCGAGAAGCCAUCUACAGUAAAUUGGACAAGGAUGAAAGGCAGCUGGAGGCAGUAGAAUGGUUGGGAUUACUUGGAGAUGAGCCAGUUCCAAGAACAGACACUCUAGUGGGUGCACUGGCCAAGCACAUGGAGACCAAGCUGUCUUUUGGCAUUGGAGAGCGAGAUAUGAUAGUUAUGAGAAAUGAAAUAGGAAUCAGGCAUCCGUCCGGUCAUUUGGAAGAAAAAUACAUUAAUCUGGUGGUGUAUGGUGACCCUAAAGGAUAUUCUGCAAUGGCUAAAACUGUAGGGUAUCCUACUGCCAUCGCAGCAAAGAUGGUGCUUGAUGGUGAAAUUAACACCAAAGGCAUGGUAAUCCCACUGACAAAGAAUGUAUAUGGACCAAUACUGGAACGAGUUCAAGCUGAAGGCAUUGUAUACAGUACUCAGAGUAUUAUCAAGCAAUAAAUAACAGUUUGUCUUUUUUGGUGGGGAAGGGUUUACUAUCUGUCUCUAGUUUUCUAUGCA